AGAAGGGGAAAUGUGAGACCAUGAAAGAGGAAACUCACCAAUCGCGGCCUCCCCUGGGCAAACAACUGUCUGAGCUGCGAGAAAAACAAGUCCUUUCAAAUCAGCACUUUAAAUCUGGGGCUGCAGGGCUCCCUUCCCUCCCCUCUCUGCCGAUCCCUCUCCUGCAAAGCGAAUCGCAGCCACCGAGACUUCCUGCAGCUGCUAGAGCACCGAGACUGCUGAUCCUCCAUGACAACACACAGUUAACAAAUGGACCAUAGGAUGAGAGGUUACCUGGAUCAGCAAGUGCCUUAUACCCUGACAAAUAACCCUCAAGGUAAUGGAGACGUAGACCGAUACUGUAUGGCCGGCAGGAGAAAAUUCAUGGAUGCAGAUCUCCCGCCCCAAGAAUCUGAAGAUCUCUUUCAGGAUUUAAGCCAAUUCCAAGAAACCUGGUUAACAGAAGCUCAAGUACCAGACGGUGAAGAACAGUUUCUGCAGGACCUGCAGUCAGAGAAUCUUGCUUUUCACAGCCCUCCGGUGAAAAUCAAAAAGGAACAGCCAAGCCCUUGUUCAGACCCCAGUGUUUCAUGCAGCCAGAAACAGUUUCAAUACCGUAAUGGGGAACAGUGCCUUUAUGCCAGUGCCUAUGACCAAACAUCAAGACAAGUCAACAUCAAGUCCCCAAAUCGGGGCGCUCAAGUGUCUCCAAUCCCUCACUUUUCCCGACAGGAUAGAGGAUAUGUCAAUCCACAGGGCUCGUCACAGCCUGUCCAGUCUGGAGGAUAUCUCAUGGAACAUGGAUCCCGGUACCAACAGCAACUACCAGAGAUGUGCCACUCAUUUCCAUCCACACAGAACAUGACUAGAGAGUCUCCAGCUAACUACCAACGCCAGAUGUCUGAGCCAUGUCUCCAGUAUCCACAACAAAGCUUCAAGCAGGAGUACCAUGACCCUCUGUAUGACCAGGCAAACCGUAUUGGAACCAGCAGGCCCCACAGAUAUCCUUCCAGUAUGAUAAUCAAGCAGGAGCAGACAGACUAUGCAUAUGAUUCAGAUGUUCCUGGCUGUCAAUCCAUGUACAGGAAUGUGGAAGGCUACCCAAAUGUGGAUGGUUAUGGCUAUGAAAAGCCCAUAAGAAGUUUCACUGAUGACGCUUGUGUUGUGCCAGAAAAAUUUGAAGCAAGCGAUAUCAAACAGGAAGUCGGAACCUAUAGAGAUGGACCUCCAUACCAAAGACGUGGAUCUUUGCAGCUAUGGCAGUUCCUUGUGGCUCUUCUGGACGAUCCUUCGAAUUCUCACUUCAUAGCUUGGACUGGUAGAGGCAUGGAGUUCAAGCUGAUAGAGCCAGAAGAGGUUGCCAGACUCUGGGGCAUGCAGAAAAACCGGCCAGCCAUGAACUAUGACAAGCUCAGCCGGUCACUGCGCUAUUACUAUGAGAAGGGAAUCAUGCAGAAAGUGGCUGGUGAACGCUAUGUCUACAAGUUUGUGUGUGAACCCGAAGCGCUAUUUUCCUUGGCUUUUCCUGACAAUCAACGUCCUGCCUUGAAAUCUGAGUUUGACAGACAGAUCAGCGAAGAGGAUACUGUCCCCUUGUCACACCUGGAUGAAGGCGGCAUGUACCUUCAAGACGCGGGAACGGUCCCUUCCCAAAACUAUAAAGGCAGCUACAAUUACUAGACAUGGCUGCUGUGUAAUCUUGUAUAUAUGGAUACAUUUUGUUAGGAAUCAUAUGAAUGUAGAUGCUUAUUUUUUGUUUGUUCUUAUUGCCAGAACCUGGUGUUUAAGUAACAUGGACUCUAGCGGGUAGGUGCUGAAGAUACCGCUGUUAGUUAUUUUAAAACCCAGGUUAUAUUUGGGCGUUUGUAACAUGGCCUUUUCAAGAUACACUCCUUGGCUGUGCUGUAUUUGAGCACCCUCUUUUAGAUUUCUCUUAAUACGGCUAAGCUUAUUAAUGAUUGAUUUCAGGAAAUGCAUGUUCUCCAGCAUCGAGCAUUGAAGACAAAAUCCUUUCCUUCAUCCUUUUAUUAUAUAUUUUUUUUAAGUGGCAUUUUUUUUGGAAAGGAUUUUGUUGAGUGGAUUUCAGCAAAGACCGCAUCAAACCAGUGCAAUAAUCGUGGAAUCUACCAAUGCUUCUGUUUUCUGCCUUUUGAAAUUAAACAGUUUG